AUGCGGAAAUACGUUUCGUCCUACAUUAGAAAAGUAAAAUUCGUCUUGUUUUUUUCUUUCGCUAUAUUCACCCUGUUCACAAUUUACACCAAAACGCGAUUAAGAAUAGAGAAAACACAACUAGAAAAUGCCGGAUUCAAUAAAUACAAAUCGAACCAUUGGAGUGAGAUAGAAACGAUAGGAGUCAAACCAUUUCCAGAAAUAAGGCUCUUUUGUUGGGUAUUAACUAGAAAACAGAAUUUGCACAACAGAGCGUCUUACAUUAGGGACACAUGGGCUAGAAGAUGUGAUAGAACACUAUUUUUUCAAAGCGAUAAAUCUAACAUUACGUUUCCCACCAUCGGAUUAAACAUAAAGCAACGAAAGGAAUCAAAAAAUAACAAUAUAGUCAAAACUAUACGUGCUUGGCGUUAUGUUUAUCGCAAUUAUGGAAACGAUUUCGAUUUUUUCCUCAAAACCGACGAUGACCUUUAUAUAAUAGUAGAAAAUCUCAAGUUAUUCCUCGCGGAUAAAAAUCCAGAUGCCUUAGAAUUUUACGCUCACAACACGCUCUUAGGGAUGGGGGAAGAGCCCUUUGAUCAAGCAGGUACGGGGUUAAUCCUAACUCGCCGAUCCUUAGCUAGCCUUAAUCGAGAAGUAAUAAUAGAGAAACCCAAGUGCUUGCUAGAAGACCGUUAUGGGGACGGCGAAGAUUGGAAAACAGCUUUUUGUUUGAGAUUCGUAGCAGGAGCCAAAGGUGUGAAUACGUUGGACUCGCUGGGCAGAGACAGGAUAAUGGUUUUCAGGGUCGGUGAUUUGAUAGCUGACAAAGUGCCCGGCUGGUUUAAGGAUGAUUAUUCUAACGAGUACAAGAACAUGAUAAAAAAGGGCGAUCAAUGUUGUGGCUUCUAUCCCUUCGCGUUUCACGAAAUCAAGGGCACCUACCACCUCAUGAUGGACUAUAUUUUCUACAACAUUAGGGUUUCAGGUGAUCAGCACUUAAUUGACUUGGGUGUCUACAGAGAAACUGACAAUAAUAUCGAAAGUAAAUUAAAAAAUUUCAAUAAGAAACCGGAAAAUUCCUUUGGCAACAGUAAACAUAGACAUUUCCUCAAAAAAUCAGAAGUGCAAGAGAAAAGCAAUGCGAAUGAUGAGGACAAAUCAAAAUGGCAAAAAAAUCCUAUCAAACAUUUAAGAACAAAACACAAUGACUACCUCACUACCGUAGAUGGCAAUGGCGGUUCGACGACAACUAUAAACAAUUAA